AGACCAGAGAGGAUAUAGCUGAACACAACCAAAGCCAACACUUCUAUUAGAAGGACAAACAGGAGCUUUACCAUCAGCAGCAUUGGAUUAUUGGAUACUAAACAAGAUUCGGCUGUCGGCUGGUGGGCAUAGACUGAAAUCCUUGUGUGUGUGUUUGUGUGUAUGUUUCUGUGUGAAGAGAGAAAACAGCACAGCGUAAUACAGCACUGGAUCAGUGUACUGUUCAUGAACACAGUUGGGGAGAAUGAAUCUUGACCCUGUACAGGUCAUGAUGGGGCCAGACUCCAUGCCCAACACCUGUCCAACAACCUCCAAUGGAGAUAGCAAAGGACCCUGGGAGGACAGCAAGGAUAUACAUGAAAACGACGGUCUUACAAAGAAGCCCAAAUCUGUGCCGGUGAGACGGGUCAGGAAGGUGGAGGGAGGCAUAUUCUUUCCUAAACCAGAGAACGCAGUCACCAUAGCCGUAUCAUCACGGGUUUUGUUUCGCACAGACAUCGAACAGAAAGUGUAUGAAGAGAAAGGAGUGGAGGAAUAUCUCAGAUAUCAGAUCCAACAUGAGAACGAACCUUUAGCUCCUGGUCCAGCAUUCCCAUUUGUUAAGGCACUGGAGACAGUGAACAUCCAAUUACGAGAACUUUAUCCAGCCAGUGAGGAACUUUUUGACAUUGUGCUGGUAACUUACAACCAUGCCCACGUAGGGGUGAGACUCAUCAACACCAUCAACUACCACAAUCUGUUCAUUGAACGCUUCUGCAUGACAGGAGGCAGCAGUCCCAUUGGGUACCUGAAAGCCUGGCAAACAAACUUAUACCUGUCAGCUGAUGCUCAAAAGGUGCAGGAGGCUCUUGCUGAAGGCAUUGCAGCAGCCACCAUGUUCAUGCCAGAUAAACAGAUGGAAGUAUCAGAGACGCAGCUGAAAGUGGCAUUUGAUGGUGAUGCUGUGCUCUUCUCUGAUGAGUCUGAGCGGAUUUUUAAAGCUCAUGGUCUGGACAAGUUCUUCGAACACGAGAGGGAAAAUGAAAACACUUUGUUAGAUCAUGGCCCACUCAAAGGUUUCCUGGAGUUGCUUGGAAAGCUUCAGAAGAAAUUCUACGCUAAAGGCCACCGUCUGGACUGUCCCAUCCGUACUUACCUCGUGACCGCCCGCAGCGCAGCCAGCUCAGGCAUCCGUGCCUUAAAGACUCUCCGUGCCUGGGGAUUGGAGAUAGACGAGGCACUUUUCCUGGCCGGGGCACCCAAAGGCCCCAUGUUAGAGAAAAUCCGUCCCCACAUCUACUUCGAUGAUCAGAUGUUUCACGUGGAAGGUGCUGCAGAGAUGGGUGCCAUCGCCGCCCAUGUGCCCUAUGGGAUUGCACAGAAAUACACAAACAAAAAAUAAACAAAGCUCAGCAAAAUAAAAACAGAGAAAUGCAAGAUUUAAGAUACAGACAGUACUUUGUAAGUCAAAUGUGCAGACUUUGGAUGGUGACAGAUCUGUCUGUACUCUCUUGGCCUUAUUUUCAUGUGGCUUACACAAGGUCACACAUGACUUUAUAUGCAGCUGAAUAUUCAACCCAGCCCUCUUCUUACAGCAUUAUUCAUAUUUCUGUACGUAAUGAAAAUGGCAGAUGAGGUCUGUGCUUCACUGUAAUGAAAGGUCAGGUUCUCAUCUAAGCAUUAUCUGCUUACAGGUCCAUUUUAAUAGUGGAAAUACACCGGAUUGAUAAAUCUGCAUGUGUGCUGCUACUUUUGUAAGCCAUUAUGAGUUUCCUUCAGCUGGUUAAUCAUUUAAAACGUGAAAAAAUGAAGAUACUCUUGUUUGUGUAUUUGCAUUUGUGUAUCAUCUGUUUACACAGUGUGGGCUUUAACCACACUGUUUACUUCAGCAAUAGACUGUCAUUGUGUUCUUGUUUAUUGCUGUAUAUGGUGUUGUGUGAGAAGAAACUGCAGUAUUUCUGUAUGUGAUCUAAAGUGAUGUAAAGCAAGUAGUUAUUUAUGAAGGAUGCUAGUCUGUAUGUGCAACAUUGCAAAAAAGCCAUAAUGUUUAGCAUUUUAAUAAAGAAAGCCAUUGAUAGUGAAAGAUUUAGUUUAUUCCGUCUUACCUGCACUUGCUGUUUUUCUCAUCUGCAUAUAAUAUAUUUUUUGACAGAAAACAGUUGUACUGCAUUGAUUCCUUUUGUGUUCUGUUUAAAGUAUUGAAUCUGGAGUAUAGAGAGAAGUUCAUAUGGGUUAUCCUGGUCUAGAGCUUCUAUAAAUAAAAACAUACGUUACAAAUUUACAUGUUUUGGUUUAGAUGAAUCCAGGACUAGGGCUUAGUUAUCAUAGGACAUUUAAGUAGUUUUUACAAACAUAACUUACAUAAAAUCAUAAUUGGUGUUCAACUUUUCUACAGAUAUACCGGUGCUAUUUACGACUUGUUUUGUGGUCCAGGGUCACAUAUGUGUGUCCCUGUUUGAAUAAGAUAAAUUCAAAAUAAACAUUAUUGUUUUGUAACUA